GAGAGCACAUCGCAAGGUCAAGAACGAGUGGGCUCUUUGGUACUGGCUGAAAGGAGCACAGCGCGACACGACUUUAUUAUUUAAAAAAAAAAAAAAGAGGAAUAAAAUAUUUUUUAAAUACAAUUCGAGAUUCAAAAAUACGAAUCGUGUGCGAGAGACGCACGUGCGCGGACGCGUCUUAAUAACAACUAAAAAGUAACAAUUGUGUCAGUCGAAGCGAUCUAUUUCGCAAUUUCAUUUAUAAAAAAUUGCGCUAAAGCCCUGUGAUUUUUUAAAAAAAUAAAUACACAUGUUCAUUCAUAUUGUGUACAAUUAAAUCGUUAAGUUGGGUGACUACGGGAAUUUCGUUGAGAGCGUCCGAAGCGCUCGUGUAGCGGCUUCUGCUGCGGGCUCGGCCACGUGGAGUGAGCACCGGACACACAACAUGUUGGCGAACAUCAAAGGUUUCUGGAAGGUGUGCCGAUAUGGUGACCUAUAUAUGGUGUUGGCGGCCCUUGCCGCGCAAUCUAUCAACAUAUCAGUGGGUUUCUGUCAGGGCUUCUCGGCGGUUCUGCUGCCCCAGUACUCGCUUGAGUAUCCGUCCAUAUCGUACGAACAGAGCUCAUGGAUUGCAAGUCUGGGUGUGAUCUCCAACCCCAUUGGAGCGCUGCUGGGCGGCAUGAUGGUGGACGCAGUGGGGCGGCGGCUGCUGUUGCAGUCGAUCGUGCUGCCGAACCUCAUAGGCUGGCUGGUCAUAGCCUUCUCAGAAACCUACGUCUUCCUCUGCAUAGGACGAUUCAUCACCGGAUUUACUAUCGGUAUGUUUUGUUUCGUUUUAAAUUAAUUAGAGAAUGACCGA